CUGUGCUAUUCGGUGCGUUUGACAAAUAAACCUUGAAACUUUUAAAAGCAAGUAAUCAGACAGCUAUAGUUGCUGUUUUAGGAACAUUUUACAAUUCUACAUUAAUAUAAUUAUUUAUACUAGAAAACAGAAUAUGUAGGGGUACACAUUUCAAUAUAGUUGGGUUCUUGUCCUUGGGUUUUGAUGGGCCAUGAGUUAAUUGCGCACCUGUUCAAUUCUGCGAAGCGCGUGCAUAGUUUGGUUCUCCAAAGGGAUGCCGCGAGUUCUCCUAAGUAUUGACAGAUUUCUUUAGGAUGGAGACUCCAUUACACUUGAUUAUUGUUCUUACAUACCGGAUUUUAGUACUUCUCUUGAUCAGUGGAGUUUCUCUGGGAUUGUCCCAGACCACGUUUAAUCUACAAAACGAGUUUGGCGAUUCCACGUGGAACCAAAACGGCCAUAUCUUGUCCCCCCUUCUGUAAGGCACUGAGAGAGCAAGGACAUCCAUGGCGAGAUACGACCCAAGAAUGAAAACCCGAGUCGAAAUAUGUUCGUUACAUGAAAAGACUGUACAGGAUGUCUUUAGGUCAUGAUAGGAGUUCUGAAGAUAAUCAUCACUUGUACAACACAGUUCGACUGAUAACGCCGCGGGAUGAGUGCCUCGAGCAACCAAAGAGUUCUUUAUGCAAGACCUUUCCUACAACCUUGACCGUUGUCAGGACAAGGAGCAGCUCCUGAAGUCUGUCCUACUGUACUCCUUUGACCAAGAUCAAGCCACUUCCAUCACUACUCAGUGUUACCUGGAUGUGAAAGAACAUCACCUUGAUAAGUGUCCUCACUGCUCCAGUACCCAUCACUCUGUCAACUUUCUUUUCCACACUGACCGCAGGAGGAAGUGGGUUGAGGUGGACAUCACAGCAUUUCUCAGCCCACUCAUCCAGUCCCACAAGAAGGACAUCCACUUGAUCAUCCACCUCAACUGUGUGAAGGGAGGAGGGGCGAAGGGCGGAGGAAAGGAGCGAAGUGGAAGGGGCCCCGUCGAGCUCCACCUACGGUCCCCGUCCCUGCUUCUGUACCUCAACGACACCAGUGAGCUGGCACACCAAAGAUGGCCGCCCGCUUUGCCCACCAGGUCACAAGGCCAUCCAAGGUUGGGCAAUGAAAUGGACACGUUUGAAAGUGUGGCGCCUUUCAAACCGGAGCAGAAGAUCAACCGGAGCGAGAGGAGGACGAGGCGGAGGAGAGAAUCUCCAUCUAAGCAUAGCCCGAAGGCCAGCCUCCCCGAACUUCGACCAAGUUCUGAGUUCUCGACAAGUGAUUGUGCCCUGUACGACUUCAGAGUGAGCUUCAGUGAGCUCAAACUAAGUGAGUGGAUAAUUUUUCCUCACAGGUACAACCCCAGGUACUGUAAAGGCACCUGUCCCAGGGCUGUGGGAUUCUUCUACGGUUCCCCCAGACACACCUUUUACCAAAACAUAAUCUAUGAUAGACUGGACUCCUCUGUGCCGCGGCCUUCCUGUGUUCCCUCGGAGUACAUCCCUCUGAGUGUUUUAACCCUUGAAGCUGACUCGAUUACAUACAAAGAGUUUGAUGAAAUGAUCGCCACCAGGUGCACAUGUCGCUAAAGGCCCACCUUCAGGGUUGGCGUCAAACUGAAAUUCUAAUUCCAUGCCUUUUAAUAUUAAUUGGCUACUCUAACAUCUUGGCCUAGGGACUUUUAUACCAAAUUAUCAGUCUCAGAACAUGAGUGUGUGGAAUUUUAAUUGAUCUCCUUGACAAAUAUCUAUGAUUUCCCUUUGUUUAUAUGUCUUUGUGACUGUGUUUGUUUGCUUUGUUUGUGAUGACCUGUUGUAUUCUGUUUGACCCACAUGAAUGCAGGAAUGUUAAUUAAUAUGAUUUUUAAGUUAUUUUUGUUAAUUUAUUUUUGGUGUCUUGUCUGAAUUAUUUUUCUAUUGUUUCACACUAACUGGUAUAUUUAAUAAGUCUGUUGACCAAAAAAUUGACCAGGUAUACUCUUAUCAAACACAUGUACCUUUCAUUUUAUUCAUGAGGAAUCCAGACUUUCAUUGACAACCUCUCUUCAUACAGUUCGGGAUGUAAAUUAUACUUAAUGGACCACUUGAUGUUUCAGUGUGUAUUUUUACCAACCUUGGCCAUUUUGAAAUUACUACAUACCUAGACAAAUCUUACUCUCCUAUGUUCAUGCAUAAUAAAUGAAAUGACGUACAAUCUUGUUCAGAUCACAGAUUAUCACAAAAAAAUGUAAAAAAAUAUAUUUGAAAAAAUAAAAGA